AUGGAGGACAGGAGUGCCUCCAAUGGCCAUAAGUGUCUGGGCAGUGCAAGUUGGGGCUCCCUGCGGGGGCAGGAGGUCCGGGAGCUCUGGGACAGCGCUCCCCGGCCGGCCCUGCCCUGCCACAAAAUCUCCGUGAGCAACAUCGACUUUGCCUUCGGCCUCUACUGACAGCUGCCUCUGAACGCCCCUGGAGAGAACAUUCUCUUCUCCCCAGCGAGUGUCUCCCUGGCUUUGGUCACCCUUUCCCUCGGAGCCCCGGCGGCCAGCAGGACUCAGCUACUGGAGGGCCUGGGGUUCAACCUCACCACGAUGUCGGAGGCCGAGAUCCGGGAGGGCUUCCAAGACCUGCUGCUCAGGCCCCACACGGGACCUCGCCUCCUCCUGACCACAGGCCAGAGAAGCUUCGGCAGUCUGCUCCCCAGGGUCACCCAAGACCUGGGGGAGGCUCAGAAACACAUCGAGGAGUACGCGGAGAAGCAGACCCAGGGGAGGCUUGGGCCCUGGGUGGAGGACAUGGGGAAGGAAGCCACAGAGGUUCUGGUGAAUCACGUGGUUCUCAGAGCUGAGUGGAGGCAGCCCUUCGACCCUCGGGCCACCCGCCUGAAGGAGUUCUUCCUGGACGAGCAGAGGGCUGUGCAGGUCCCCAUGGUGAAGCAGAAGGCCGGCCACCGCCUCCUCCAGCACGCGGAGCUACAGCGCACCGUGCUGCAGACGGACCGCGCCGCAAGCCACCACCUUCUCCGUCUUCCCCAGCCGGGCAAGCUGGGGCUGGUGGAAGAGGCGCUGCUGCCGCAGACGCUGAUCAAGUGGGACUCUGGAAUCCAGUGCCGAGAACUCGACUUCUACUUCCCCAAAUUUUCCAUCUCCAGCACCACCAGACUGGAGAUGCUCCUCCUGCGUGCGCCUGUGGGUGGUGGCCUCCCGGGGCAGCCUGGACUGGGCAUCUCGAAGCCCCGCUGA